CAAAACUUACAGUCAGACAUAAUUUAGAGGUGAAUCCAAAAUUGGGAACCAGAAACAUUAGCAUGAUGAUGAGAAUAAACAAGGUACAAAAAGGAGGAACCAGGAAGGAGGAAUGACAAAGAGGUAAUUAAAUAAUUGGAGCAUGAAGUUACGGGUGUGAAGACAAAGAGACUGAGGAACAAGGAAUAAUAAUGAAACUAGAAUCAAUAAAGCAAAGUGCAAAAAAACUCAACAACCAAGCAUAUUUCCUUUUUUGUCUCCAAAGACUGAAGAAGAAAAGGAAUAAGACAUUAAGCAGAGAAAACAGCAAAGGUCCCUGCUGUGCAGAUUACCAUUAAUUAGAAUCUUCGUUUUCUUAGUUAAUUUUUUGUCAUUUCUAAUUAAUGACAAAAAAAUUAACUUAUAACACCUUAGUCAUAGCUAAAUGAUUUAGGAGAAAAAAUAUAGCCAGAUCAACCAAUAAAUUGUUUCUAUGAAAGGGUAAACAUGGAGAUGACAAACUUGGAGCAAAUCAAACAUUAUCUUAUUUGUACUCUCCAGGAGUGUCUUCCCUGUUUAAUUUUCUCACAUGCUUGAUGAAGAAAAUACAGUACAGCAUUUAGAGAUAUGUUGAACGUCAUUGACAAGUCCACACAAAAAGGCGGUUCUAAAGCUACACAGAAAUCUAAAUCUAUAUGUGUGUGUAUAUAUAUAUAUAUAUAGCCUUGACUGUCAGCCUCACUUUUAUCUGCUUUGGGUCAGAAAGCCCACUAUGGCAACCAUGAAGUGGACGGUGGUGUGGUUGUGUUUCUUCAGUUUUGCUGGUGCUGCUCAAGCCAGGCAGGAUGACAACCAUGUCAACAACAUCUGCAGCACUUGGGGCACGCAGCACUUUAAGACCUUUGAUGGUGAUGUGUUCCAGUUUCCUGGCUUGUGUGAGUACAACCUGGUCAAAGACUGCCGCAAAUCCGAGAAGAAGUUUUCUGUGCACAUUAGACGAGAAGAAAAUGACGGAAAUAUAACAAUACGUUAUGUUGUGGUCACCAUCUCUGAAAAUACAUUCAACCUAACCGAGACUGAGGUCACUGAAAAUGGGAAUCCAGUCACUCUGCCACACUACAGUGGGGGAGUAAAGGUGGAAGAAAGUACAUUUUACAUCAGGCUUCGAGCUACCAAAGUCGGCAUUAUAGUCAUGUGGAAUCGUGAAGAUGCAGUCAUGGUGGAAGUUUCAAACAGAUACAAGAACCAAACUUGUGGCCUUUGCGGAGAUUUCAACGGCGUCCCUGUCUAUAAUGAGUUCAUGGAUAAUGGUUUUAAAGUGACUCCCAUUGAGCUUGGAAUCAAACACAGAGUCCAUCUGCCAAACGAUGAAUGCAAAGACCCCCCUGUAGAAGAUGAAUCAAAGACAAAUGUGUCACAUUCAUGCAAAGCAUUUCAAACUAUCUGUGAAAAAAUAUUUAACGGGGAUUCCUGGAGUUCAUGCACCAGCCUGAUUAGUGCUGAAGCUUUCAUCAAGGCAUGUGUGGUAGACAUGUGUGCCUGUAACAACGGUACCAGUGACUUCUGUGUCUGCAGCACAAUGUCUGAGUUUUCUCGUCAGUGUUCGCACGCAGGAGGACAGCCACCCGACUGGAGGAGACCUGAUUUCUGUGGUAAACAGUGUCCCUACAACAUGCAGUAUGAAGAAAGUGCUUUUCCUUGCAUGGAUACUUGCACACAUCAGGACACAAGAUUAGUGUGUGAGGACCAUAAAACAGAUGGCUGCUUUUGUCCUCCUGGAACGGUGUUUGAUGAUAUUUCUGAGAGAGGCUGCAUCCCUCUGUCUGAGUGUCAGUGCAAGCAUGACGACAUCUACGACUCUGGAGAGGUUUACCGUCAUGAAAAAACAAACUGUACUUGUUCAGAGGGGAAGUGGGAGUGUGAGACUUUCGAGACCCCGGCUACAUGUGCAGUUGAGGAAGGUUUACAUUUCACAACAUUUGAUGGUACUACCUAUACCUUUCAUGGAAAUUGUCUUUAUACCCUGGCCAAGGUGGAGAGCAAGGAUGGAGUAAGUCCAAACUUUACUAUUCGGGCCCAGUUGGGACAAUGUGGAGGAACAAAAUUUGAUAUUUGUCUAAAGGCUCUUAAAAUCCAUCUGGGCGUAGAUAAUGUAUUAAUGUUUACAUCUGAGGGAAAAGUUCAACAGAAUAUGGAGGACAUCAGUUUGCCAUAUUACUCAGGGGACAUCAGAAUAUUUCAUGCUUCAUCCUUUCAUAUUUUGCUCAAUGCCAAGUUUGGCCUCCAAAUUCAGAUCCAGCGUGUUCCUGUUAUGCAAGCCUACAUCAGUCUGGAAAGCAGCUACAAAGAAAAGACACGUGGUUUAUGUGGAAACUACAACAUGGCUUUAAAUGAUGAUAUGACGACUCCUCAAGGGAGCCAAGAAGGAACUGCUGUAACUUUUGGUAAUUCUUGGAAGGCCGACCAAACAUGCCCAGAUGCAGGCAGAAUACUUGAAGACCCCUGUUCAGUCACUAUGAAAACUGAGAAUUAUGCCCGACAUUGGUGCGAAAUGCUCAGAAAUUCAACUGGUUCAUUUGCAAAUUGCCAUUCAGAGGUUAAUCCUGACUAUUACUACAAGCGCUGCCUUUACUCCACCUGCAGCUGUGAGAAAAGCGAAGACUGCUUAUGUGCCGUCUUCACCUCUUAUGGUCGGGCUUGUGCAGCAAAGGGAAAGUUUGUGACAGAUUUUGGAAACCAAUGCGAGAAACACACAAAGAGCUGUCCAUCAACUCAGAUCUUCACUUACAAUCACCGGAGAUGCCAGCUGACCUGUAGUUCACUGAGCUCAGAUCAGCAGAGCUGCACUUCACAUUUCUUGCCAGUGGUUGGCUGUUUCUGCCCUGAUGGUCUCUAUCUGAAUGAAAAAGAUGCUUGUGUACCCAAAGAAGAAUGUUCCUGUUCCCAUAAUGAAGAUUACAUUGAAGCAGGAACGUCUGUCAACAUCAAAUCUGAGCACUGUGUGUGUGCCAAUGGAAGGCUUCAUUGCCAUUCCUUGAAAAAGCAGAACACAGAAUGUCCUCAUCCAAAAGUGUACUUCAACUGCUCCACUGGGAUGGCUGAUGACCAGAGACCACACUGUGUUCAACGUUGUUUGAAUCUGGAUGAUGAUGUUUGUGAUGCAUCAGAAUGUGUAUCUGGCUGCAUGUGUCCUUCUGGUCAUUUUGAUGAUGGUCAAGGCUCAUGUGUGAAAAAGACAGAGGAUUGUUCAUGCAAGCACAAUGGUCAAUUCUAUAAGCCUGGAGUCGCAGUUUACCAAGAUUGUAACCGCUGUAUUUGUAGAGGUGGGAAGUGGAAAUGUACAUCAUACAGCUGUUCACAGAGCUGCAUUAUAUAUGGAAGUGGACAUCACAAAACAUUUGAUAAGCAGCUAUAUGAGUUUCAAGGAGACUGUUCCUAUGUUGCUGUCAAGAACAAAUGUUCUAAUAAAACAGUAGAGGAUGAAAUUGAAGUCAUCACUGAAGAUGAACCAUGUGGAUCAACGGGGACAACAUGUUCUAAAACUGUCAGGAUUCAGCUGGGGAAACAUGUGAUCAUCCUCACUGACGGCACUUUUAAAGAGAUAGUUUUGGAAAAUGGCACCGAAAUACCAUACGAAAUAAUAAAUCGAGGCUUCUAUGUUGUAGUACAUUCCAGCAUUGGUCUAAGAGUAAUUUGGGAUCGCAAAACAUAUUUUGUUAUAACACUGGAACCAUAUUACAAGGGUGAAGUGUGUGGCCUGUGUGGAAACUUUGAUGGUAAUGGAGAGAACGACUUAACCACCCGGAGUGGGUUGGUAGUGAGCAGCCCAUUAGAGUUUGCAAACAGCUGGAAAGGGGACAGCUCUUGCUCAAAUGUGGAUAAGCUUAUUGACGCUUGUGAAAAAGCACCUCAUCGAGACCAUUGGGCAAAAAUGAAGUGCAACAUCAUAAAUGGAGACACAUUCAAAGAAUGCCACUCCAAGGUAGAGCCCCAACCGUUCUACGAAAAAUGUGUGAAGGACUCAUGUGCCUGUGACACUGGAGGAGACUGCGAGUGUUUCUGUUCAGCUGUUGCAGCUUAUGCUCAAGCUUGCAAUGAUGCUGGUGUUUGCAUUUCAUGGAGAACUCCAGAAAUCUGUCCUGUCUUCUGUGAUUUCUACAACUUCCACAAUGAACAAUAUGACUGCUUAUGGCACUACCAUCCAUGUACUCCAAUCACAUAUCAGGGUUGUUCAAGCUAUUCUGUUCGAAGGUUUGAAGGUUGUUAUCCUAGUUGCCCAGAGUAUGCCCCAAUAUUUGAUGAAAAAGAAAACAGAUGUGUGGAAAAAUGUCUGAUAGAAAUAAAUACUACAACAACUGAACCUACUACUAUAACAUCCCCAACAACCACAAAAUCAACAACAGAAUAUACCACUACAACCGGAACAUCAACUACAACAACUACUACAACCACUACAACUACCACAACAACCACUACAAGUACACCAACAACCACAGAAUCAACAACAACUGAAACAACAACUACAACCCCAACAACUACAACUACCACAACAACUACCCCUACCACCACAGAGCCAACGACAACUGAAACUACAACUGAAACACCAACUACAACCACAACUACCACAACAACUACACCCACAACAACAGAAUCAACAACAACUGAAACUACAACUGAAUCUACUACUGAAACACCAACAACAACCACAACUACCACAACUACCACAACAACUACUACAACUACCCCUACAACCACAGAAUCAACGACAACUGAAACUACAACUGAAACACCAACUACAACCAUUACAUCAACCGAAACACCUACUACCACCACUUCAACCCCAACUACUACGCCAUGUACUCCUGGUUGUGAGUGGUCAGAAUGGUUUGAUGUACAUGAUUCAAAAAAAGAUAAAAACGACAAUGAAACAUAUGACAACAUCAGACACAAUGGCCAUGACAUAUGCUAUCAUCCUGAAAAAAUUGACUGCAGAUCAACUGACCUUCCCGAGAUAGCCCUAAAAGACCAGCCAAGACCAUACAAGUGUUUUAACUACAAGAUACGGGUCUGUUGUAGCACAUGUGAAAUUACCACCACAACUGAAUCUACAACUACAACCACUACUACAACUGAAACACCAACUACAACCAUUACAUCAACUGAAACACCAACAACAACUUCUACAACCACAACCACAACUACAACUGAAACACCAUCUACAACAAUUACAUCAACUGAACCAACUACAACCACUUUAACUACAACUGAAACACCAACUACAACCAUUACAUCAACUGAAACAUCAACAACUUCUACAACCACAACUACAACUGAAAUACCAACUACAACCAUUACAUCAACUGAAACACCUACUACCACAACAACUACUACAACAACUACCCCUACAACCACAGAAUCAACAACAACUGAAACUACAACUGGAUCUACUACUGAAACACCAACUACAACUGCUACAACCACAACAACCACAACUACCACAACAACUACCCCUACAACCACAGAAUCAACAACAACUGAAACACCAACUACAACCACAACUACGACAACAACCACAACAACUACACCCACAACAACAGAAUCAACAACAACUGAAACUACAACUGAAUCUACUACUGAAACACCAACUACAACCACAACUACCACAACAACUACUACAACUACCCCUACAACCACAGAAUCAACGACAACUGAAACUACAACUGAAUCUACUACUGAAACACCAACUACAACCACAACUACCACAACAACCACAACAACUACUACAACUACCCCUACAACCACAGAAUCAAUGACAACUGAAACUACAACUGAAUCUACUACUGAAACACCAACUACAACCACAACUACCACAACAACAACAACCACAACUACUACAACUACCUCUACAACCACAGAACCAACGACAACUGAAACUACAACUGAAUCUACUACUGAAACACCAACUACAAUCACAACUACGACAACAACCACAACAACUACUACAACUACCCCUACAACCACAGAAUCAACAACAACUGAAACUACAACUGAAUCUACUACUGAAACACCAACUACAACUACUACGACCACAACUACCACAACUACCACAACAACUACCCCUACAACCACAGAAUCAACAACAACUGAAACACCAACUACAACCACAACUACGACAACAACCACAACAACUACACCCACAACAACAGAAUCAACAACAACUGAAACUACAACUGAAUCUACUACUGAAACACCAACUACAACCACAACUACCACAACAACUACUACAACUACCCCUACAACCACAGAAUCAACGACAACUGAAACUACAACUGAAUCUACUACUGAAACACCAACUACAACCACAACUACCACAACAACCACAACUACUACAACUACCCCUACAACCACAGAAUCAACAACAACUGAAACUACAACUGAAUCUACUACUGAAACACCAACUACAACCACAACUACCACAACAACCACAACAACUACUACAACUACCCCUACAACCACAGAAUCAACGACAACUGAAACUACAACUGAAUCUACUACUGAAACACCAACUACAACCACAACUACCACAACAACCACAACUACUACAACUACCCCUACAACCACAGAAUCAACAACAACUGAAACUACAACUGAAACACCAACUACAAUCACAACAACCACAACAACUACUACAACAACUACCCCUACAACCACAGAAUCAACGACAACUGAAACACCAACUACAACCACAACUACUACCACAACUACACCAACAACCACAGAAUCAACAACAGCAACUAAGUCUACAACUAAAUCAUUGUCUACUACCACCACUUCAACAUCAACUACAAAACCACCUACAACUACACCCAUCACAUGUGCACAGUGGGGUGUGCAGCAAAAUGAGUUUUUUUAUUUUUGCAACUGCACCAUGGCAAGAUGUAUUGGAGGCAAUAAAAUUGAAAUAGUUCCAUAUGAAUGUCCAGCUAUGGAGCCCGUAACUUGUGCCAAUGGGAAAGACCCUGUUCUUGUAUAUGAUUAUUAUCAUUGCUGCCAACAUUAUGAAUGUGACUGUGAAUGCGAAGGCUGGGGAGAUCCUCAUUACAUUACUUUUGAUGGCAAAUACUACAGUUACCAAGGAAACUGUACCUACUAUUUGAUGAAAGAAAUUACACCAAUGCAUGGCUUAGAAAUUUUAAUUGAAAAUGUCCAUUGUGACCCCACUGAAGAUGUUUCCUGUCCUCGAGCUUUAAUUGUAAAUUAUGGAGCACAAAGUAUCAAACUGAUCAACUUUAAUCUUGGUGGACGACCUGAUUUGAAGGCAUUUAAAAAUGAAGAUGUAGAAAAUCUAAGGCUCCCUUAUUGGAAAGAUGGUGUUAAAGUGAUGAGCACUAAUAUUAACUUGGUGUUAGAGAUCCUUCGUCUAAAUGUGGUUGUUAAAUUUGGAAGAACUGGCUUCAGUAUCAACCUUCCAUAUAAGUACUUUGGAGGAAACACACAGGGUCAUUGUGGAACUUGCUCCAACAAUCAAGAUGAUGACUGCAGAUUGCCUAGCGGUACAGUAGCAGAAAAUUGCGGUGUGAUGGCUGACGACUGGCUUCUGAAGAAAGAUGAGGGAAAAAUUGGCUGCAUACCUAAACGUACACCUCCACCGAAACCAUGCAAACAAAAUCCAGAUUCUGUUUGUGAACUGCUUAAGGACCCCUCAGGUGCCUUUGCUGAAUGCCAUUCCCAGAUCUCUCCAGACAAUUUCUACAAAGGUUGCGUUUUUGAUAGCUGCUAUGUUCACAACCGGGCAGUGGAGUGCACAAGUUUGGAGACUUAUGCUGCUGCCUGCGCAGAGAUUGGAAUUUGUAUUGACUGGAGGAAGUACACUAAUAUAUGUGCCAGCAACUGUCCAUCAGGCAAAAUUUAUAAAUCUUGUGGACCUGCAGACCAACCAAGCUGUGAGGACAAUCCUAACGAUCCAGUCAUGAACUACACUACUGAGGGCUGCUAUUGUCCUGAAGGAAUGAAACUGUUCAGCAAAGAAUCAAAUAUUUGCGUUAAAAGUUGUGGAUGUCUUGAUCCCAAUGGGAAGCCCCGUGAGUUCAACGAGACAUUUGAAUACAAAUGUCAGGCCUGUGUGUGUGACGAAUCCACCAAAACUGUGAUCUGUAAGCCUAAGACGUGCCCACCCACUGCUUUACCAAAAUGCAUCUAUCCAGGAUUUGUUCUUGUCAACCAAACUGAUCCAUCAAAUCCCUGCUGCAAUGUCCAUGUUUGCCAAUGUCAGAGCCAUGCUUGUCUGGACAUCAACAUGAACUGUGAUGUUGGCUUUAUGCCAAACAUCAGUGUUCCAGAGGGAAAAUGCUGUCCAGAAAGUACAUGUGAACCCAAAAGAGUCUGUGUGCUAAAUGAUGUUGAAUAUCAGCCUGAUUCUUCCGUUCCUGGCCAAAAAUGUAAGAACUGCUUCUGUUCCUCAAGCUCUUCAUCUGGUGGUCUGAUGGAAAUAAAGUGCGAGAAGCAGCAGUGCAAAGAAACAUGCAGAAGGGGAUUUGAAUAUAAAAAACCCAACUCAGAUGAUUGCUGUGGGACGUGUGUGCAGACCCAGUGUGUGUUCAUUGUUAAUGGCAAUGAGACACUCUUAAAGGAAGGAGAAACCUGGUCACCACCAGAAAAUAAAUGUGAAAGUAAGACUUGUGUUAAGAAUGGUGAGACUCUUACAGUCACCAGUAAGCAAAUCAUUUGCCCAGCAUUCCAAGAGAGCAACUGCAAGAAUGACACAAUUCAGACUGCAGCAAAUGGCUGCUGCAAAAUCUGUGUGGAAAAAGAGAAGGCCUGCAGUCUGGUUAGCCGGACAACUCCUAUCAACUACAAUGGCUGUCAGUCUGAGUUGAAUAUGCCGUCAUGUGAAGGAUCAUGCGUCACUUUCACCAAAUACUCUGAAGCAGCAGGUGCUAUGGAGCAUUCCUGCUCCUGCUGUAAGGAGAGACGCGCCAGCAACCGCACUGUUACCCUGGCGUGUAACGAUGGUGCGCACGUCCAGUUCACUUAUGUGCAUGUGGAGGAGUGCGGCUGUGGUCACACAGAGUGCACCACACCUGCUGCACUGCAUGUUCGCAGAAAGCGACGCUUCACACUGCAGUGACCCAACCCUCUGUCCUCAUGUGGGAUACAGAUGUAUCUCCAAGAAUCAUUUAAUUAAUCAUUAAAUCUCUAAUAAGGUAUAGCAUACUUUGUGGAGUUCAUUUAUCAGUUGAUUGAAUAAAAGCAUGCAUCUAA